CUGCUGUGUGAGGACGUGAAUGUUGACCGAUUCUUCCCUGUCCUCUACCCCAAGGCUUCCCAGCUCAUUGUUGCCUUUGAUGAACACGUCAUAAGCAAUAACUUCAAAUUUGGGGUCAUCUACCAGAAAGCUGGGCAGACCACAGAGGAAGAAGUCUUCAGUAACACUGAAGAGAGUCUGGCCUUCCUGGAGUUCCUGGAGUUCCUUGGAGACAGGAUCCAGCUGCAGGAUUUCCGUGGGUUCCGAGGAGGCUUGGAUGUCACGAGGGGUCAAACUGGCACCGAAUCAGUCUAUACCAAUUUCCGGGGCAAGGAGAUCAUGUUCCAUGUAUCUACGAAGCUGCCAUUCACAGAGGGAGAUGCCCAGCAGCUGCAGCGGAAGCGUCACAUUGGGAACGACAUUGUGGCCAUUGUCUUCCAGGAUGAAAACACUCCCUUUGUCCCUGACAUGAUAGCGUCUAAUUUCCUGCAUGCCUAUGUGGUGGUACAGCUCGCUCAUGGUGCCAUUGGGGAGACCCUCUACAAG